CCCGCUGGUCCUGCGGUGGCGGCGGCGACAUGGCCUCGGAAGGGGACGUGCGUGCGCGGCUGCAGCGCGCGGGCCAGGAGCACCUCCUGCGCUUCUGGGACGAGCUGGCGCCGGAGUCUCGCGCCGCACUGCUGGCUGAGCUGGCUCCCCUGGAGCCGGACGCGCUGCGCGAGCACUGCCAGCGAGCGGCCACCGCCUGCGCGCGCCCCCUGGGCCCGCUGCCCGACCUGGCCGCGCGCCUGCGGCCCCUGCCCCCCGAGCGCUUGGGCAGCGCGAGCCGCAGCGACCCCGAGACGCGGCGGCGCUGGGAGGAGGAAGGUUUCCGACAGAUUGCCCUGAACAAGGUGGCCGUUCUGUUGCUGGCCGGUGGUCAGGGCACUCGCCUGGGUGUCACCUACCCCAAGGGCAUGUAUCAAGUGGGGCUGCCCAGCCAGAAGACCCUGUACCAGCUGCAGGCAGAACGGAUCCGGCGGGUAGAGCAGUUGGCUGGCGAGCGCCUGGGGACUCACUGCACCGUGCCUUGGUACAUCAUGACCAGUGAGUUUACACUGGGGCCCACAGCCAAGUUCUUCAAGGAGCAUGACUUCUUCCACCUGGACCCCGCCAAUGUGGUCCUCUUUGAGCAGCGCCUGCUGCCGGCAGUGACCUUUGAGGGCAGAGCCAUCCUGGAGAGGAAAGACAAAGUCGCCAUGGCCCCAGAUGGCAAUGGGGGCCUGUAUUGUGCACUAGCAGACCACCAGAUCCUAGAGGACAUGGAGCGCCGGGGAGUGGAGUUUGUGCACGUGUACUGCGUGGACAAUAUACUGGUGCGACUGGCGGACCCGGUCUUCAUCGGUUUUUGCGUGCUUCGGGGCGCAGACUGUGGCGCCAAGGUGGUGGAAAAGGCAUACCCCGAGGAGCCCGUGGGCGUGGUGUGCCAAGUGGACGGUGUCCCCCAGGUGGUGGAGUACAGCGAGAUCAGCCCUGAGACCGCCAGGCUGCGUGGGCCAGAUGGGGGCCUGCUCAACAACGCAGGCAACAUCUGCAACCACUUCUUCACCAGAGGCUUCCUCCAGACAAUUACCAGGGAGUUUGAGCCCUUGCUGAAACCACACGUGGCAGUAAAGAAGGUCCCAUACGUGGAUGAGGAGGGGAAUCUGGUAAAGCCACUAAAACCAAACGGGAUAAAGAUGGAGAAGUUUGUGUUUGAUGUGUUCCAGUUCGCUAAGAACUUUGUUGCCUUUGAAGUGCCUCGGGAGGAGGAGUUCUCCCCACUGAAGAAUGCCCAGACAGCAGCCAGAGACAACCCCUCCACUGCCAGGCGGGCUCUGCUUGCUCAGCACUACCGCUGGGCUCUGCAGGCCGGGGCCCGAUUCCUGGAUGCACAUGGAGCCCAACUUCCCGAUCUGCCCAGCUUGCCCCCAGAUGAAGACCCUCCUGCCAUCUGUGAGAUAUCACCUUUGGUGUCCUAUUCUGGAGAGGGUUUGGAAGUGUACCUGCAAGGCCGGGAGCUCCAGUCCCCAUUCAUCCUGGAUGAGAACCAGGCCAAGGUGCUGAGGCUGCAGGAUGCCUGACUUGCUUCCGGACCUGCCAGCCCCCAGGGUCCUUGGGUUGGGCAGGCUCUGGGUAGGAGUGAAUGCAGGCCAAUCUGCGUCUCUUGCCUACAGGACAUGGAAGGGAACUUAACUUGUUGACUUACUCCAUCACCCAUGGACACAAGUGACUGCUGGCCUGUUUGGGCUCUUUGGCUUCAUUUCUGCCUGUGGGGUCCAGGCGGGAGGCAGGGGUUUUGGGGACCUUAGAGAAUGGGGCUGAGAGGAGACUUUGGGGUGAGGUAUGAGGGAGGCAUAGCUUCAUCUGGGAAAAGCAGAGCAGGGAUGCCCUUCAGAGGCCAGUCCUGGCCAGCCAGGCAUGUUCUCAGCAGAGGAUGAGGUGCAGCCCAGGAGAAGGUGCUGUUCUGCAAACCUCAGGUGAGGGAACCGAACAGGGCUGAAAGGCUUCGCUGCCUCACAGGGGCAUGGUUAAAGGGCCUGCCCCUUCCCUCCUUGGCAGCCAAACCAGUAGGUAGGGUGGGGCUGAGAGUUCUUACCCUACAUACCUGGGCAGGGACGACAGAAGUGUCCAGAUGCUCUGAAGCCAUGACAGCAGGCAGGUGUGGCUGCUGCAUUUUAGGAGCCACCAAGACCAUGGUGGUGGCCUCCUGUGUGGCUGCUAAUUAACCUGGCAUUUGACCAGGUCAGGAGCACACCUCUGCCCAAGUUCAGACUCCGCCCAGGCUCUCUGGGAUGGAGACAGCCUCCUUGCUUGUGUCUAGAUCUAGUGCCCCACCUCUGUCCCUUCUGUCCCUGUCCUGCAGACAGACUCUGUCUCCUCCCCUGUGUUGCUGCAUCUCUGUUGAUUCUCACCCAGUUCCCAUGAGGGAAGGUGCUGGCACCUGCCUCUCACUGAUCUAAAAGCAGCUGUGAAAUGCAGUGCUGUUAAGUCAUGGCCACCCCCACCCCCCUGUCCCAAAUAGAGGGGCUCCACUUGUCCUCAGCAGCUGUCCCAGGGGACAGGGGAGGGAUGUGCCUGGGGAGGGUAAAUUGAUCCAUCUGGAAACAUGGUCAGGCCCGCACCUGCAGUCUUGGGACCAACACCUGGAGGACAACUUGGGCUUCCUUGGGCCUCCAGCAAUCAUGCUACAGACCUCAGAAGCAAGCCUUGUGCCUUAGCACCCUACCUUAAUUGCUCAAAGGCAAGCAGAGGCCUGGGGCAGGAGUGGGUCUGGGAGUGGGUGAGGGCGCUGGCUGGGCCCUGCUCACAGCUGUUCCCUGUGACCAUAACUAAUAAUUAUGCAACCUCUUUUCUGUAAGUACAAUUUGGUAAGUUCUUGAGACGCUCUCAAAAACACUCAUUUAAG